AUGGAGUCUAAUAUCUUGAAGCACAAGUUUGAUAGAGAGGAAGAUCCACACUGCUGGUCUCAUACUAUUUUACUAGUACAGCCUACCAAGAGGCCAGAAUGCAGAACUUACACUGACUAUGAAUCUGUGAAUGAAUGCCUGGAAGGUGUUUGUAAAAUGUAUGAAGAACUUCUGAAGAGAAUGAAACCCAACAGCCUCUCUACCACAUAUAAUAUCAGUCAGUUUUUUAUUUUAUUGAUGAUGUCAGAUCUCAGCUGCCUUGUUUACCAAGCUGAUACCCAGACAUACCAGCUCUACAACAAGGACAGGGUUAAAAAGAAGAUCUAUGCGCUUCUUCGUUGGCAGGCCCAUCAGGCGGGGAAAUAA